AUGAAAAAUAAAAUCCAGCGUGCUUUGGGAACAGAUGGGAAUAUAGGACAAUAUGAUCGGAAAAGGUGCGUAAUUACAUGAUGGUACUGGAAACAGUUAUAUACAAUAAUAAUUCACUGUUAGUAUAUAAUGUUAUCAUAUAAUCUUAUAUAUUAAAAAGAUAUAUAUGUUAUUUUCAUGUUAAGGUGGUGGUUGUCGUUUGUAGUCGUCUUUGCCGUUCUCCUGGCAUCAUUAACCACGUUGAUUAGCCUCGUUUUGAAACAAGUGGAGCCUUUUAUAUCUCGCCUUCCAUCAAAUAUUACUUUGAUGAUGGAAAUAAAGACAUGGUUUCCAGUGUUACCAAAACGACUUCUUUUAAGGUAUGCUAUAUAUUGGUACCUUUUACCCAGUGUUACCAGAUGCAUGCAUAGUGGCUUUAGGGACAAACAAAUGCAAGCUGGCACUUGCAACGCAAUUUCUGACAUGGUGUGCUCACACGGAAAUUGUGAAGUAUUACAUAUACUUACUUACUUAUACCGUAGAAACUCUGUGGUGUUUUUCAACUGGAGGUACUUUUCUCCCAUGAGAACGAGCUGUAAUUAUCUUGCCAACGCUUCUAAAUACUUGAAGUUUAAUAAUCAAACAACUUUUUUUUGUUUUUAAAGUUCGACCAUUGUUCACUUAUCAAUGAUGGUGGUUGUGAACCUGUGUGCAGGAAUGUCAUUCCUAGUUGUGUCCAAUAUGGCGCUCGUUUGUGACAUGUCUUCACAUUACGAGAAACUUGAUGAUGUAUGGAAAGUAUAUAAAAUGUUUAUUGACUAUUAUAUACCUAUACUAUUUGCCCUAUCAUUAUGUUAUCCAGCACUCUCGGCUAGCACUUCGUAAACACACUUGAAAUGGUUAUUUGUCCCGAUUGAAACACGUACAGAAGUUUUAAAAAACUAUAUAUGUGCAUCAUUGUUUCAUAUUCCUUAUACAUUUUUUUCCAGAUAUUUGGCACAUCUGACUUACUGAAAGAGUCGAGAUUGUUUGCCAAGGAGGAGAAAUCACUCAAACUGUUUAAAAAAAUAAGGUAUAUGCAUCAUGUUCCUUCAUGGGUUGAAUGAAGUUUUGUUUUCUUCGAUGUCGUUAACAUUCUAUUUAUUUACUACAGUGAAUGUCCUGUGGAUGGCACUCUCUGGGCAAUGUUCAACUUAGACGAAAAAUUUAAUAUUAAUGAAAGUGUUAAUCGACUGAACGUAAGUAUGAAGGUAGCCUUCUCCAAUUAACUUUUUGGCAGAGAACCUCCAAUCUACCUUGUAUUGAAUUAUAUAGCGAUUUUAAUGUUUUUGCAAACGCCCUGGUUUUUGCCGAGCAUACACAACUUCGAGAAGACUGAGUAUGGGCGUUAGAUCUCCAGUGAUCCUGAAUUUUGCCCUUACUUUGAGACUUGUUCUCCUUAAUGCUCUGUUAAAAUGGUAAAUUCGCUAUAAAAUCAUACUAAUACAGAGAUCGGAGUUUUUUUACCAAAGAGUUGCGCCUGCGUAGAAUGCUAGUAUAAAGGUACUCUUUGGAGUUGGAGCCUUUUGAGGAUUGAAGAUCCCCAACAGGCCCAACUCCCAAGAGGGCUAGCAUAAAGGACGGUUUUCUUUAUCCAAAUCGUUUAUCCACCAACCUCAUCCUUGCUUUUAAAAUAAGGAAAGUUUUCAAAACUUUUACCUUCAUUGCACGUUUUCCUGAACGAGAAGAAGACCUGAUUGCUGAUUAUUGGUUAUUUCAUGUCGUCAAUUUGGUACAGGUUUCUCACUUGUUUUCGCUCUUUUUAAACUCAAAAUAAUCACAAUUAAGCAGCAAAAUUAACGAUGUUGCCUCAUGUUUAGUAAAUUAUGCGUGAACUUUCGCAAGUGACAUGCAUUGAAAUCUGAUUUUGGUGCAAAUGUGCAGCAUUUGUUCUAUCAUUCACCUUGAAUCAAAUUGCCCGUUUUGUCCUAUAGGGAAUUCCACGUCUUGCAGAUCGUUUCUUUCAAGAUGGUUCUGUCUUUGAUCGAAGAAAAGGAAAACAACUGCAAGCAUUUUAUAAAGUUUUACAGGAAUGGAGAGACAUUGGUCUGGCGAACAUUAACAUCAAUAUAUUAACAGAACAGGUACAGGGAAUAAAUAGUUGCAUUUUUUUCCAUCUCUGUUCGAAUUUUUAGCUUUCAGUGGCGUUACACCAGAUGGGGGCGAACUCCAGAACUGCUCAGACACCAUCUCCUGUCAUUUCGAUUUAUUUCUCUCCAAAUACAAAACUACUACAUCUUGGGACCGUUCAUUAUUUAUACCCGUGGUUGGUACCGAAGAGAUAUGGGUUGGGUAAUCAAGUUUUUGACUAGCUCAUGGGUUGGGUAAAAAGAUUUGUGUGUGUCUGCAUGUCAGCUAUAAAAUAAAACCAAAAUUACCAUGCAUUGGAAAAUAUGAAGAAAAAUGUGUACAAUAUAUUCUGUACCAAAAUAGACCAUCAGUGAUUGGGGAAGGACUCCAUAUCAUUGAUCAGCAGGAACGUGAUUGCUUUGGCACACUCAGUGAGUUUGAGUGUGCGUGAGCCUUGUCACCAUAAUGUUGUGUGUUUAAUUAUUAUGAAGUACAGUAACACAUGGGUUGGGUAAACAUUAUUUUGACCAAUGCUGAGGUUAGAUAAAUAAAAAAAUUACACUGUUUUUUCGCUUCUCUUUGGUACUAACCCCAGGUCCCUUAAUGAAUGGUAGACGACUAGAAGUUGCUUUCAAAAUUAAUGAUUUAGUUUUCUUAAAUUGCAGGUUAAUAACCCAAUGUUGGAUAAAUCUUUUCAAAAAUUGAGCGAAGCUUUGCUCUCAUCCUAUCAACCUGCGGACGAAAAUAAGGAACAUGUGGUGAGUGUGUAACAACUUUCCACUCAGUGAUCCCUUAAUGGUAUUAAAUAUCUCAUCCUUCCAUAAACUUGAGAUGUUGAAAAUAAAUAUUUUUCAUCUUCAUAAAGUCAAUGUAUUAAACCGUCAUGAAAUUUUCCCAGUGGUAAAACUAGUCUGUAAGCGUCGGUAACGUUUGACGUAUAUGAAUAUUCUCGUUGUUCCUAAAUCCCACCAAUUCUCAUUUCUCCUUUGCAGACUCGUAUGCCAUUUAAGAUGUUUCGAAGCAUUUCAAAUCAAGCGAGUGUCAUCGAAGACAAUUACGUUAAGAUGAAUUCAGUUUUGUCGGUAAGAAAGUCGCCGCUUAUAAUAUUUCGUGCCUGUUUUGUUAAUUUGUACUAUUUCAAGUUAGAAUUUAUCCAUUAUGAUAGAAAGGCCGAGGCUCAUGUCUGGGCUCUACAUUUGAUGUACGAGAGAGAUUACGGGGAGGGGGGGAGUCUGUUGCCAACUGGGGCUAGUUGUUCAAAAGCCGGUAACAUUUAGAUAACCACUGGACAUCCCAAAAUCAUCUUUUAUCAAAACAAACUUACUAAAUAUUUAUCUAAAUGUUUUAGAAAUUGUUGAAUCAACAUUUAAAGAGCUUCAAUAAAUCGCGAGAGCGGGUCGUUGUAAGUUUGUUUUAAUAUGUUUUUUUCCAAAUAAAAAGUUGGUUCAACAAAGAUUAAUUUGUGGUUCCCUUGUUUUCCUCUUAUGUAGGCAAGCUUUGCAAAUAUGAAUGAUAUAUAUUCUGAUAUUGCUGGUGAUAGCAUUGCACAAAGCGAACACGAGGUAAAAUCGUGCGGCACUUUGGGUAUUUUAAAGGGUAUUGACAACAAAAGUUAAGUUACUAUAUUUACAUUGAAAGAGCUCCUCAACUGUAUAGAAUAAGUCAUAUCACAAUUUUUUUUAUACCUUUCUUUGGUUAGAAGAUAUUUCAGUUUAUUUGAAAAAUAAAUAUGAUGGCGUCACAGGCGGGAUAAAGUUUUUGAGAUUAAUUAAUAGAACCGUCGAUAUAGACCUGAAUGACUUCCUCUAUUUGAACAGUGAGUUUGAUGGGAUUUCCAUCUUUGAAAAUUAUUUUACGAGCUUGUGACGUCACAAAUUUAUUUCAUUUGUUUAUCAAACAAACUAAAAAUCUGAAUAAUGAAAAAUAAAGAAAAGUUGAUAAAAUAACUUAUUUCGCAGUUUAACGAGUUCUUUCUCUCCAAACACUACAGACUUAAAUUUCUUUGCCAUUACCCUUUAAAAUAUCAAGGUUUAUUCGAUUUCUGCUUAUGUUACAGGUUGUUGAUCACCAAGUUAUAAAAACAGUUGAAGUGAUCAAAAAUUUUAUGAAAGACAGUAUUAGUAAGGUAAGAUAAGAUGGAUACGUCGGCCACCUGAUUCGCACUCUCACUGGAGUCCUUAUUUAAUGCGCGAGUUUUUCAAUCACGUUGUAGAUGAGAAGUGAAGUGGGAAAGUGCGGUCCAAUGAAACACGCUUACAAUCGAACGGUUUGUUUAUUUUGUCGCGACCUCUUUGGAUCAUGGGUAGGUAGAUGAUCGUUGCUAAAGGAGAGUACAGACUAGAGGGAGGUGUUCAAGAUGGCGGCUAUUUUUCAAAAUCGUUAAAACGUGAAUCAACAACAAGGCACUUAUAACAAUCCUAAAUCUUACUCUAUUAUAAACCUUAACCAAAUCCUAAUUAUUACCCUACCCUACCCUACCCCCCUAAACCUUACCCUAAACCUAACAGUAGUGAAUUUUAAGAUACUCCGUUUUCGGUGUACGGGUACAAGUAGCUAGUGUCAUCUUGUUUACUAGUUUUUACUGAUGUCUGUAAUUCAAUCAUACUGUUUUCUUGCAAUAGACAAUGAUAUAAUGCGAAAAAUGUACACCUUAAUUGCGAGUAAAGGUACAGACAUGGACGAAAAUAUUGCUAACCAAAAUCAUGCUACCUGUACACGUAUACCGAAACCGGGGGUAUCUUAAACUCCCUAGUAACCUUAAACUAAAACGAACUCUGAGUUGGACUAUCUUCAAAACCUCAAGCUGUUUGUCUAGGGGGUGCCCAUCCACCAAAAAGUCCACAUCAAGCAGUGCAUGCUGAAAUUUGUAUCAAUUAUAGAUGCGCUCCCGCUUGAAAAAUCUGCUCCCCUCUUUAGGCGAGCACGCGCGGACUCGCCCCCUGAAUUGUAGUGCACGAGUUAUUAAGUUUUCUACAAGAACGUACGUUUACGUUUCGGAUGUUCUAUUUUCAGAAUUCAUGGUGGAUAUUAUUACUUGUUUGUGGAUUUUUUACGAUAUUGUCAACCAUCUUAUGUUUUCUAACCAUGAAACACGCCAGUUAAAGUCAUUUGUUAUCGUGGAAUGGCAGUCUUAAAUUCACACGCAUAGUGUGUUAUUUGGAUGUCAUACGCAUAACUGACUGUUUUUUUUUCUACACCAUCGCACCGUUUCAGACCACAGGUAUGUAUAUAUCAUUACUCAUUAUAUAUCGAAAAAUGUCUGCCAAAAUAAUAGGAGUAAAUACGGGAAAAGAAAAGUGUUCACUGAAGCGGCUAAAGGUCUAAGCUGGGAAAUUUCAUCGCAUCUUCUUUGUGAUAAGAAGAAGCAUAGCAGGAAGUGAUGGUGGAUCCCGGCAUCUAGGAUCCCAGAAAAUUCUCAGACCUGGCUUAGCUUGCAGAAAAAUUUAGGGCAUUGCAGAAUACUAACAGGCACAGAAAAUAAUUUAUCAAGAAAAAUAUUAUAAUUUCAAAUAAUAUGGCAGAAAACUUUGACUCCAAAACUAAGGAUCCGAGAAACAAAAAGAUUAUUUCCUGCUAUGAGAAGAAGUUAUACUUUACACUCUUAAUUUUCUUUCACUUUUUGCUAGAGCUUCCAUCCUCGUCCCCAGGGCCUCUCGGCCGCGCGCGUCCUCCCCAGGCCCUGGGACACACGGAACCGGAUUUUCAAGAAAACUUCCAGUAGUUUUUAAAGCGCAUGGCUCUUGAAUUGGGACGCUUUAGCACCCGUAACAAUUUCCACAGUGAAGUAUUACGAAGAAACGAAGUAUUUGUAUUGACAUAUGUUGAUAGAAUAAUUUUGCCUAGCGAAAACUUCUGCGAAAUAGCAGUUCUCUGAGAAGCCAAUCAGAUCUCACCUUUUAAUCGUCUAACCCAGAGCCUAAUUUCCAACGAUUGACCGAGUGAAAAUGGCUCUGGGGACGAGAAUGCUAGAGCUUUAUGAAGACAGUACUAUUUCCAGUCUUCCCGGUACAAGCAAUCAAUACGCGGACGUUUAACUGUGGUGUUCUCCAAAAGUUGUAAUACUUCUCACGUAGCUACCGAUAAGUACGUUUCCAAUAACAACUUGCCAAAUUUCGGCUGAUAACAUCCUCUCUUUUAGAUAAAUCAAAAAAAUCAAAAAGUAAUUACAUUUGAAGUAGAUAUAUUUUGCAUAUAAAUAUGAUGUAAAAAAUGGAUAAAAAAAACUCAGCCGUUCAAGCAGCCAUAAAUUUCUAUUCUCCUUGAUUUUCAUGACGAUUGCCCUGAAAUUGAUAUAAAAGGAAAACACUUCCCAUCACGGGAAUGACAUGUAUUAAUAGUUUCCCCAACGAAACGAAACAUUUCCAAGUUAUUUUAGAAAAGCUUUGCCAAAUUUUGAGAUAUGCUUGAUCGUUAUCAGUCAGACUAAUGUAGGUACAAAUAAUUAACUAAAAAAUCUCAGACAAUAGCGACCUUUAUAAUUACUAUUAAUUCUGACAGUGAAGAGAAAAACGAAAAGUGCAAUGUCAGAAUGAAUGUAAUGCGAAAGAACUUAUCUCUAAGAUUAAUUCAGUGAAGCCCUGUUUAAGGCUGUUUUCCAUUAGGCGGAAUUUUCCGCGCGGAGCGGAAUUUUUCUUUGUCUUUUUACAAUCAGUUCUGCUCGAGUGCUCACGAAACAAAGAAAACUUCCGCUGCGCGCGGAAAAUUCCGCUUAGUGGAAAACAGGCUUAACCGUAUCAAAGUUUCUGCGAUCUGCGCAAUACGUCAAUAGAAUUUUGCAAAGAUAAAUUUUAACUUUUGAUGGAUUUGUAAGAUAUGUUUGAGGGAACUGACUAAUUAGGGCCAUUUAUACGGAACAAAAUAAGACGCGACUUACAUAAGACGCGACUUGGGUAAGACGCGAGUUUGUCGUAUAAAAGGUACAAAAUUCUUAUGUAAGACGCGUCUUGGAUAAGACGCGUCUUACAUAAGAACAGGUCUUUUAGCUGUUCUUAUUUAAGUCGCGUCUUAAAUAAGAAAUUUUGGACAAAAAGUCUAACUACACAUGCCAGAAACUUGAAACAACGUAAAAUUUAAUGCCUUGCAUAUUAAAACAAAAACAACCAAAACAACAUAAUAGCUAUAGCAAAUAAAUAAGACCAAAGCCGUAGAGAACCAUUUAUGCGAUAACUCCACUUAUUUAAGUCGCGUCUUAUGUAAGUCGCGACUUAUUUUGUCACGUAUAAAUGGCCCUAAUGUUAAAAAUCUGGCCGUGUUAAUGGGAAAGCGCCCCAGGCUUAACUUUAAUACACCCUGCGUUACAAUUGUAUCCAUAUAUGAGGACAAUCUUUUAAAGGAGAAGUGAUAUUAUUUGGCAACGCAAGGUUGAUGUUAAUGCAUGUUAUCUAAAGACAACUCUAAAAUCCGAGCCCGCGUUGCACUUUCUGACAGCCCUCGUUUAUAACAUGCGUACAGAAUCAGGACUGUAUAACAUCGCUUGAACUACGAUUCUUGCCAACCCUCGCCAAAAGGUAAUAUAUUCAACCAAAACUGAAGAGUUGUUUACACUAGUUUAUCGGAAUAGUUCUAUGAUCUGCCGCUUUAUCUGCAAGUUCCCUUGAAAAGCUUCGCUUCUCGUGUAGUCAACAAGUUUAGUCCUUGACAAGUCAGUUCACUUGACAUAUUUUGUUGCUCGUAUAUAUUCAGAAUGUUGUUAAACAUUCAUCUCACGUCAAAGCCGCCUUUUGUUUGCCAAAACCACAUAAUUAUUUCUUGUGCACUUGUCAAGUUACAUUUUCCUUUGGCGGCCGUGCAAACGAACAAAUUUUCCUUGUCCAAAAGCUGGUGUGACCAGCUUUGGAACAAGGCUCCUUGGCGAGGACGAUUUAUCAAAUUUUUGCCGAACACACGAACAAAUAAAACUUGUCAAGGAAAAGUUGCCCGUCUGUAUGUGGGACUUUGAGGAUGCAACGGAAGAAACAUGAGGGUGCAAGCUAAACUUAUGCUUUGAACAAAAUUCGUUAAAAUAUACGACAACAACUCUAUGAAUUUUUUUAAGAAACUCGAUCUGAUAGUGCAAACCAGUUUUGUAAAUAAAAAAUGGGAAGUGAUAUGUUGAGAUUUUGCAUGAUGUUUAAAAUACCCAAUUAUAGAAUUCUAAUUUUUGAGAUGAAACAAAAAUGAAAGAAUGCCAAUUUAAUACAUUUAUAAUUGCAUUUCAAGCGUUGAAACAGCGUAUUUUAGCAGCACUUGAAUGGCCAACCAAUCUGGAGUGCGCCUGCCAUGAUUACCGACUGUGCCAAUGCUUCUCUUUUAGUCGCAACGAAAUGACUUUUUUCGAAAAAGACUAAUUACCUGUCGGAUGUCUUGACGCGCACGCGCAGUGUGUAUCCCACCCACGCGAGGCUUGCACCUGCUAGCACACACACGCUUGUACCAAACAAAGAAAUUAAUAUACACGCUUUACUAAGCAGCUGCGUUUAAUGCGUAUAAUUUUGGGUUUUAAUAAAUAAAGUUAUACUUUUAUAGACUUUACCUGAUGCUCUUUGUUAGAUUUCACAUUAUGAUGGGUAUUGAAAAGGCCGGAGUGUAGGAUAAGACUGGGAAAUGAUUUGUAUGGCGAGAGUCCGCCCACUGGCAUUCUUGAUUUUCGUACUGAUAAAUAGACAGAUGGCGUGGCAGGCUUGUAUUUAAUGUCAGUUCAAUGCUCAUUCGGUACCGGCUUUGUGUUCGAUGCAUCUUUGACUUAGCAUGAAGAGUAUCGAACAAGCGCCCACAAACUCAUCCAGUGUAUUCAUUCAGUUAAUACUUUUCUUCUGUUAUUUAAUUUUUGGCGCAUUGGUCUUUCAAGCUUUGGAACUGGAGAACGAAGCACGGGAGAGGCGAAUUCUUCUCAACUCAAGGAAAGAUUUGCAGGAGAAAUACAAUGUGACUGAAGAAGACUUGCAACGGUUUAUCAAACUUAUACAAGCCGUUGCUGAUCAAGGCUUCUCGGAUGAGUGGGUCGAUCGAUGGAACUUUAUUGGAGCGCUGUUCUUCUCAGGAACAGUAGUUACUACUAUAGGUAAGUCUAUAAAUGAAGAGAACAAAGCUUGAAAAUCCAAGAUUUAGUCUAGAAGAAAACACAGAAAUUGCCUCAUGCUUUUUACUUCUUUUCUCAAAUUGUCUGCUCGUAACUUGCAAGUUCAACGUCUGUCUCGCUAGGAGAUGGAGAUGGGUAUCAUCCAUGAGGCAAUAUACGAUGUGUUUAUUACAGAUAAACCAAAUUGCUGAUCCAUCGAAACGUGUUUGGUUUGAGUUUGCCCAUACAAAGAAGAUAUUUUCUCCUACAGGGGGUUUAUCCUUAUCUAUAGGAUUUGAAAAAUUCUUAAUGGGAUAUUCAUUCGAGGAGAUCUUAGAUGAGCCUUGAAAGGCAGCUAUCAGGAGUAAUACGCGAGUAAUCGAAGAAGCAUACUUCAAAAAGACUUUUGAAGGAGAGAAAGGCUCCUGGCUUGUAAAAGAGAGCAUAUCUAUCAGGAUUAAGUUUUACGUCCCAGCUGUUCCCCAUUUUUUAAGUUUACUUAAAUUAGGUUUAUCCAUCUUUAAAGCUAAAUCACAUUCUCAUGACUGCAUGCCGAGCAUUAUUACUUUUUGUCUUCUUUUUAAUAUUAAAAACGCUAUAAUUAUGUUCGAUAUUACAACAAUUAUGUGUAAUAAAUUAUUUUAGAAACUGCCCCGAAUACAUCUACGAAAUUCCAAGUUGUAUCAACUUUAAAAAAAAAACAUAUAAAAAACGUAUAAAAACCGAAGGGCAAUGCCAAAAGCUGAGAAUUGAAGACACAACAAAUGUGUAUGCAAAACCAAUUGGAAUGUUAUCAUCCCAUCAUAAACCGUUUGCCUUUUCUGUAUUUCCAAUCAUUGCUUAAUUUAUAUUAAUAUUACUGCAGUGUGAAUAGAACAGAUUAAGCGUCUGCAAUCCGGCGGCAUCAUUAAUUCAUUCUUGGAAGCAUAAGCAUUUUUGUCUUUUCAUACUUAAUUUUUGUUUGGAUUUAACUUCGUACAUUGUGAUUGUCUUGGAUAACAAACCUGCAUGUAACAUAAGUCAUGCAAGUGCAGUGAAAUUAGUCCUAUCUCUUUUGUGGUCCCGCAUGCGGUGUAUGCAUUGAGAACAAGGAACAGUCUGUGCCAGUGUGAAGGCCAUGUUACACGGUGCAAUUUUUCUUGCAACUUGCAAUGCAAUUCUACUCUUGAGAGAUGGUAAUUAGUGAAACCAGUGAAGAAUUUUCGAUAUGUUGAGAAAACAUCAGCGGAGUGUAAUGAAGACUCGUAUUUGGCAAUUUUACAUCUCUCAAGAGUAGAAUUGCAUUGUAACAUGGCUUUAAGUAUGGUACCAAUAAUAAGAAAGUUUCGUAUUGAUAUAGGGAUACAACUACCUGAAAAAUACAAGGAGAACGUGGAUGUUUCGAGCGAAUGCCCUUCCUUGGGAAGUUCUAGAAGAGCCUUCUCUCAAUACUUCGAAUUUCUCCUUGUAUUUUUCAGGUAGUUGCAUCCCUAUCAAUUCGAAGCUCUCUUAUUGAAAACAAGGCCCCAUGAUUUCUUUCCUACCCAUGCAUGCAAUGUUGAUAUCAUUAUUUUGACCCUGUCUUAUGAUCGAUCAAUGCUUGUCGUCUCUCCAGGGCCGCCCAGAGCUUUUUUGGGACCCGGAGCAAAAUACCCUCUGGGAGUUUUUGAGGGUCCCUUCCACUCCCUAAAAUUCCCUUUUGGUGGCCCUCUUAAGCCUGGGACCCGGAGGAAAUUGCCCCCUUUGAACCCCCCCCCCCCCUCCUCUGGGCGGCCGUGCUAUUCAGUAUAGGUUAUUUCAAACAUUUAUUCAGUGCGAAAAUGAUCCUUCCAUCGGAUCAGUUCCACAUCUUCUUCGCACACGUUUGUUGUGUACACUACAGCAAGAAUCGAAGUGAUUACCGAUGAUAACUUAUUGACACAGUGAUCUGCAAAUGUGUAUGCAUGAGCAAAAUUGCAGAAAAUUGUUAAUGUGAUGAAAAGCGAGAAAAUGGUGAAAUUUGGAUGAAAAUGUUUUGGAUCUAGCUAGACCUGCUGUAGGCAGACACUAUCAAAAUCGUCCCAUCGAAGGGGUUUUUCAUUGCAUCGCUUGUAAUUCUUUGAUUCCCGUUGAAUUCAUCUUGUUUAUGAGUUUUGCACAUCGUUUCCAUAGUAUGAACACAUAAAUAAUUUGUCUCACUUAUGCGAGUUUCCCCUCCAACCAAGCCUACGGUGUAGACCCCAGCAGAAACACUUUCGUUUCCCUUCACGAAACGUGUUUCUGCUGGGGUAGACACCGUAGGCUACGUCCAACCGGGUUCGUAUGGGAACAAGGCUCAUAUGAGAGGCUAAGCUGUAUGUGUACACACCAGGCCCAUAUCUAGUUUUGUCAAUUGAUUUUUGCUAGUGAUGUCUGCAGAGGAGCUAUAAGUAUCAUCAAUGCAGAUCAGUGUAAACAUUAGCUUGUUCAAAUAUCUAUUGAAGUCGCCGGACAAUGAACCACAAGAGUUAAAAGUUGCCCAAGUAUACAGGGAUUUAAAUUUUUAACUCGUGCCUGGAGAACUUUUUUCUCUGGGGAGGUGCAUAAUUAAGAAAUUUAUAUAUAUACAUUAUAGUCAUAACAGGUCUAUUUUUGUUUCUCGCCAAUCUCUUUGUGCGCAAUCUAAAUCCUUCUGGCGGACAGCUGGCGAAUAAAAACAUGUUCUCUGUGAACAAUACAAUCUGGAUACAAUCUGGACAUUAUUUUUGAACUCUUCCUAUUGCAAAGUUAUGUAAAUCGUUAGCACUAUCUAUGCUCAAAGAUUUCUAGGCCUAUUACCGCAUGUUCUCCAUUUAGCCUUUAGAAAUAAUACUAUUCCAUUUGUAAAACCACAGUCAAUGAAUAAGGCGAGUAAUUACCGUUAAUGGUUUCUUUUUAUAACCAUUAAUGGGUUUCAUUGAUAUUAACGUCAUGGUAAUUAUAGUUUUACCAUGAAUGACAUGGCUGGAUUUAUUCUAUAUAUUACAUCAUGGUGCUUAUAGUUUUUACCAUAAAUGAUAAGAAUGGGUUUCAUUUAUAUUACAUAAUGUUGAUGUGAAUAUUGCCAGCAGAAUGCAUAUUGGUGGUAUUUAAAUGAAACCAUUAAUAGUACCAUUAAUGUGAAUGAAAAUUUCAAUUGUGUAUUAUUUUCACAUCAAUGGUUUUCAAUAGUUUUAAUGGGAAAUACAUUUUGAAAAGAAUAAGCCAUUAAUGGAUUAUAUUAAGCUUAUUUUUUUCACAUUAAUGUUAUUGAAUUCGUAAAUGGGAAAUUAAUUGGGUUUUUAUUUUUUCCCGUGAUAGGAGCAAAUUAACAUCACCAGUGAAACACAAAGAAAAUCAGCACUGUAUAUAAAUAUAGUUAACUUCAAUCUCGUUCCCAGGAGUGUAGAGGAGAGGUCCAGGAACAUCAGUCGCCCACCGGUUGGGGCGAGGGGCGGUCAGGGUGGGGGUCCGUGGGGGGAGGGUCAGGAACUCAAAUUAGAAACGUGCACCUGUUAUAAUGUAUAUCAUCAUACGAAAGAAGAGGAUGGAUUGGAGGAAGCGAAGAUUCAGCCAAUCAGCGCCAUGAUAAUGCCCCACCUCAAAUUAUUAUUAUUAUUUAAUAAACAGACAUUGCCAAAAAAGUUGAAUUCCAUCUGAUGACAAAAAUUUGUUAAAACUCAAUGAAAUUGAAACUUAAUUAGCACCUUUCAAAUCACAAAAAUAAACUGACAACAAACAACGUUUGUAUUUUGUUAGGGUUUGUAUUUGGAAGUACUCGUCUGUUCAGUCAUCUUAAUAAUAUAUUUAAUGCUUCUAGUCUGAGCGCCAUGCGCAGUCGAGACUCUGAAUUGGCAUUUUGGCAAUAAUGUGACGUAAUACUAGUAUCUAUAUCUCCCCCUAUAGGUUAUGGUCAUCUUGCGCCGACGACAAACAGUGGGCGUAUAUUUUGCAUAUUUUACGCUUUAAUUGGAAUACCACUGACAUGGACGUUGCUGGCUCGUCUCGGGUACAUGAUCUCAUGUGGGGUAUCUGCGGUUAUAACGAUUUUUGAGAGAAGAUUUCUACAACGUGAACCGAGCAAAGUGGGUCUGAAGUCCACCCUCGUGACAUUUUUAAUGGCUUCGGCAAUGAUUCUUCUUAUUGCUGGCAUUGCACAUUACAGUGAGCGCUGGUCUUUUCUUGAUGGAGUCUAUUUUGGUUUUAUAACACUAAGUACUAUAGGUAAGUAUUGUAUCUAUUUAUAGAUAUUACAUCAUAUACAGCAGGAAAAUUUUCUGCAGAAAAAAAAUUUAGUAAAAUAUCAUUGACCAAUGACAUUUUCGGAAAACUUUCUGUCCGUGGAAAUUUUUCUUGAGUGGAAAUGGGCCUUUACGGACAGUUGUUCCAACAUGUAUAAUUCUCAUAUAUUUUAUUUAUUUAAAGACGUUCUGUUCAGACGAGGGUGAGAGUUGAUGAGAGUUCCAACUUAAUCAAGUUGGCGUUUGACCGCCAUCAACUUUGGGCUGCUUCAAAUUUUGAUGAGAGUUUUUGCUAAACGCGCGGUAACUCAACUCUAAUACAACUCUUGUUCUCGUUUGAUCAUGACCGGGGCACGCGAGUUCUCACUCUCGAGGGUUUAAAAACAUAACCUGUAUAAACUUCUCUAAUACGGACUUUUGUGUUCCUUCGUUGUCCGUAUUAGAGAGCUUCAAGUGCAGAAGUUUUAUAUCCUCUUUCAACAUAUUGUUUCCAUUUUUCAGGAUUUGGAGACUUGGUCCCACUUCACCCCCGUCCUGGUGAAGACACGGUUGAAUAUGCCACUCACGUGACUGUAUUUACAGUAAUGACAUUGCUAUAUUUCACCAUCGGUCUAGCUAUCGUCUCCAGCAUGAUGUUAUCAAUCAGCGCUGCUAUGGAGGAUCCUUCAUUGCUUGGUUUUCACCGAGUGGCGAAUACAGACCAAUCCACGAAGUGUACAGAUAGGGAUUUUGAUUAG